AGAUGCGCUACGAACUACGGUUCUUUCGAUAUCCAUAAUCGAAUCAAUAGUCUUAUUCAUCAUGUGCGAUGAAUAUAAAUUAUCACAUUUUUCUCAAAAUUAGAUCUUAUAUAUCAUUAUUUUGAGAUCUGAUCAUUUUAAAUUGAGAAAAUCGACCAUCAUUUUUAUUUUUCAACGUCUGUAAUAAUAUUACGUAACAGAAUCUGUUUAUUUUUGUUAAUAUUUUAACAUGACGAACAUUUCGAAAAAAAGAAAAACCCCAUCAAAACUUAAGAGUGUGGGUAAUCACGACGAAUUUUUAAACCGUAUAUCUAAAUCACUUUAUUAUUCAAAAUUACCAGGAACUGAUUGCCUCAGUUUGCCUGUUACUGAAUUGGCAGCAGAAUUCUUUACUGAAGUAAAGAGUGGUCAUACGCUCGAAAGAUUAGAUGUGGAAGAAGCAAGUAAAAUUUCCAGAAAUGCAUGUGUUUCACCAUGCUCACUUGUUUUGGCAUUACUAUACCUAGAAAGACUAAAAGACUGCAAUCCAGAAUAUCUUCAAAGGGUAGCACCAUCUGAUCUCUUCCUUGUUUCUUUGAUGGUUGCUAGUAAAUUUUUGAAUGAUGAAGGAGAAGACGAUGAAGUAUUUAAUACGGAAUGGGCACAAUCUGGUGGUUUAACUAUAUCAUACAUAAAUCAAUUAGAAAAGGAUUUUCUUAAAGCUAUUGAUUGGACUGUUUUUGUUCAUAAUCAAGACUUCUGGGAAAGAUUGCAGAAAUUAGAAAAAGAUAUAGCUUAUAAAGAAGCACAAAAGAGAGGAUGGUUUUCAUAUACAGAACUAAGCUGUCUAAUGAAUUCAGUGCAAUUAAUAACAGUAGCACAUGCUAUGAUAAAUAUAUCAUCUAUUUGUUUAGCAACAUACACUGCAGGAGUAGUCACCCUUCUAGGCUCUGCUUUGGUUGCAAGUUACUUUCCAGGAACGAUACUUAGCCCAAAACAAAUAAAUUCUACGGACAUUAUAAAUACAGAUUUGAAUCCAGUUGUUGAUGUAACAGAAAUAGCUGUUGAAACUUUACCAGAGAAUAUUUUUACUUCAGAUUUAAUGUUUAAUACAUUGAGUUGUAAUCAAACUCAACAAAAUUGCGAAAAUAUUGAAUCCAAUGAAGUUGUAAAUGUAGAUUGGAAAUGGUGGCUAAAUCCAACUAUGAUUUGGUUACAAAAUAUUCAAGAUUGGAACCAAAAAAAUGAUUGUACAAAACAAACAGUAAAAUUAAACGUAACGAAAACGUUAACGCCAAGUACUAAAUUUUUACUUGAUAUUGCUACAUUAAUACGAAAUUCAGACGAAUUUUUAAUGAAUAUAAAUUGGAAACAAAUUCUGGGUAUAGAUUUAAAGAUUGUUUUGCACGAUUGGAGAUACUAUGCAAACUAUGUUACAAAAAUAAAUGUUGAUCAUCAACACUGAAAGUUAUAUACUGAAAAAAUGAAAAAUUUUACAAAACAUAAAGUCUUUAUUAGACAGAUUUAUAGAAAAGAAAAAUAUAUAUUUUUUGUACUAACUUGUAAAUUCGUAAACAACCACUAUACUAACAAAACAAUUUUUCUAAU